UAUUCUUUCUCUCCCUCUCUCUCUCUCUCUCUCUCUCUCUCCCAAAAUCCAAAACGAAAGCUUCAAAAUUUGACGAGCUUCUCUGCAACCCUAACCCCAACAACUGCUUCGCAACCCAUCACGAUGAGUCUUGCCGAGUCCCCAGUGCACUCUUCUAGCAGUGAUGGGUUUGCUGGGUUGCUUGAGAGAGAACUAGAGUCUGGUUCUUCGGAGUCGUCACCAGAUGAAGGAGAUAAAGCAGCUGAUGACGAUGGCAGUGAUGUUGAAAGUGAGAGCAGGAUAAAAAGGCGUAAGGUAGAGAAUCUGGAAAGCUUAGAGGAAACCGUUGCGUCAACUUCACAAGGACUCUCAGAAGAAAAGUCAGAAGCAACUGCAAUAGAGGAUAUGUGUGCACAUCCUGGUUCAUUUGGAGAUAUGUGUUUUCUUUGUGGCCAGAGGUUGAUUGAGCAGUCUGGUGUGACAUUUGGGUACAUUCACAAGGGAUUAAGACUUAAUAAUGAUGAAAUCGACCGGUUACGCAACACUGACAUUAAGAAAUCGCUAAAUAAUAAGAAACUUUAUUUGGUACUUGAUCUUGAUCAUACGCUGCUAAAUUCCACCCAGCUGAAUCAUAUGACGGCAGAGGAAGAAUAUUUGAUGAGCCCACCAGAUUCUCUGCCAGAUGUUUUGAAAGGCAGCCUCUUCAGACUAGACUUUAUGCGCAUGAUGACCAAGUUAAGGCCCUUCAUUAAGACAUUUUUGAAGGAAGCCAGUGAAAUAUUUGAAAUGUAUGUGUAUACAAUGGGUGACCGAGCCUAUGCAUUGGAAAUGGCCAAGUUGCUUGAUCCCAAAAAAGAGUACUUUGGUGAUAGAGUGAUAUCACGCGAUGAUGGCACCCAAAAACAUCAAAAGGGUCUAGAUAUUGUGCUUGGGCAAGAAAGUGCUGUUUUGAUACUGGAUGAUACAGAGAAUGCGUGGAUAAAGCACAAGGACAAUCUAAUCUUGAUGGAAAGAUAUCAUUUCUUUAGAUCUAGUUGUGCCCAAUUUGGGUUCAAUUGUGAGUCUCUUUCGGAGUUGAAGAGUGAUGAGUGUGAGCCUGAAGGAGCUCUUGCAAAUGUUCUUGACCUUCUUAAGCGAAUUCACAAGAUUUUCUUUUAUGAAUUGGAAGGCAAUCUUAUAGAUAGAGAUGUGAGGCAGGUUCUGAAAACCGUUAGAAAGGAAGUUUUGAAGGGGUGCAAAGUUGUGUUCAGCCGUAUAAUUCCUUCAAAAGUCCAGGCUGAUAGUCAUCACCUGUGGAAGAUGGCAGAGCAGCUGGGAGCCAUAUGUUCAACCGAGGUGGAUUCAUCAGUGACCCAUGUAGUUGCAUUAGAUGCGGGAACUGAAAAGUCUCGCUGGGCAGUGAAACAGAAUAAGUUUUUGGUCCAUCCUCUCUGGCUGGAAGCAGUGAAUUAUAUGUGGCGAAAGCAACCGGAAGAGAAGUUUCCUGUCACUGAAACGAAAUCGAAAACCCUGUGACUGCUAUUUUUUGGAUAUGACUAACCCUGUCCUUGUUGUGGAUAACUUGAAAAAGUCGUAGAAAAUUUGGCUGUAGACUAAUUUGAGUCUUGAUAAUUCGAAACUAGUGCAUCAGAGAGCAGUUACUUUAUUCUGAAUUUGUAUAUAGUUACAGCCCGGUUUGUCAGAUAACAAGAACAGAAGAUAUGUUAAGGCAGUAGGAGAUUAUGGCGAUUAGCACAUUUUUAUGUACUUUGCGUCUCAGCUUAUAAUGUGAAGCUUCUGAUCUUUUGUCAUUGGUACAA